UGGCAAUUAAAUAAAUACAACAAUACGCUACGCAGUCUGAUCUAUUGUAUUUCCUAUUGUUCGCCCAAUUGGACUGUGCAGAAAGCCAGAUUUGACGGGAAAAAUGCUGAAUUGUCAACACUCUCACGCUCUCACGGAAAGAACCAAAAUUGCGCUCAAAGACGGAAGAUCAGUGGAGCAAUGGAGAAGAGUGUACGGCGCGUGGUCUUCGACUGUGAUAUUGGUAUCGAUGAUGCUUGGGGACUGCUGAUGCUAUUGCGAGCCGAGGAAUAUCUUAAGUCCUUUAAAUGUGAAAUUCCCGAGUCAAUCCCUAUACAGAAGUUUAAGCUAACGGCCGUUACAUGUGUUAGGGGCAAUGCCGACAUUGAAAAUACGACAAAGAAUGCAAUGCGUGUGCUCUCAGCAGUAAAAAGAAUGGACAUUCCUGUAUAUAAAGGCUGCAGUGGACCCAUUUUACCCACCAAUUGGAAGCCUUAUUCAGAUUUUCAUGGCAAGGACGGUUUGGGCGAUGUGGGCGACUAUCCGCAGAUCAAUGAGGAGCAGCAGCUAUGUUCCGAGCAUGCCGUAAAUGCGAUGUAUCGCUUAGCCUGCGAAUUUCCGGGACAGAUUGAUUAUAUACUCAUAGGACCGCUGACAAAUUUUGCCAUGUGCAUAAAUCUUUAUGGCGAUGCAUUUUUGGACAAAAUUGGUAAUGUGUAUAUUAUGGGUGGCAACAUCCAUGGCAAAGGCAAUGCGACGAAAAGUGCAGAGUUUAAUUUCAUGCUGGAUCCCGAGGCUGCCUUUAUAGUAUUGGAGCGAUUAAAGCAACCAGCGCUAAUACUACCCUGGGAAACGUGCAUUGAUGAGGAGCUGGAUCUAACUCUAGAUUGGCGCCUCAACGUGUUGGGAGCUGUGAACAGCGAUUUUAUAAAGCUUAUGAAUCGCGUAGAGACAAACGUGUUUGUACCCCGCGGUUUUGUCAAGUGGUUAACCUGCGAUGCGCUGCUUAUAGCCGCUUAUCUAUUUCCCAGUCAUGUUAUUGCCCAGCAGCGCGGCUAUUAUGCCAGCGUGGAGCUAAGCGGCACACAGACACGCGGCCAAAUGGUGCUGGAUCAUAAGAAGGGUCGCAUUGUGGACUAUCUGCAUGGCAAGGACAUUAAUGCAAAUCUCAUUUAUCAUCUGCAUGCGAAGCACAUGCGGACCAUAUUUGCCUGGGCAGCUGGACUUGAAGGCGUGCGCAUCGAGCAGUUGUGGGAGGAGGAGAAGUAAACAAACAAAACAAUUUGUUAACUAA